UGGUCCUGGAGGCAAAGGGCCCUGCUGGCUUUUCUUAGUUGGGUAGUGAUACACUCAGACUCCCAUUUAAGGACAGUCAGGUGGGCUGCUAUUUGGUGGAUAGACCAGAGAAGGGAAAGACCAGUUAGGAGACCAUUGCAGAAAUGUAGGUGAGAGGUAAUGUGAAGUAAGAUGGGAGGGGCAGUGUGAGGAGAGAACAAGCGUCAGAUUCAAAAGAUGUUGCCAAGGUAGAAAUAACCAGAUUCAGUAGCUGCUUGGAUACAUGGGCUGAAUUAAAGUGCUGAGUCCAAGAUAUGGCCAGGGUUACAAACCUGGGAAGCCAGAAGAAUGAUGUUGCUUUUGACGGAAAUACAGAAGUUUGGAAGAAGAAGGGACUCAGUGACGUUCGAGGAUGUGGCUGUGGACUUCACCCGAGACGAAUGGGAGCGACUGAACCCAGCUCAGAGGGAUCUGUACAGGGAUGUGAUGCUGGAGAACUAUAAGAACCUGGUCUCUCUGGGACUUGCAGUUUCCAAACCUGGUAGAAUCUUCCAGCUGGAGCAAGGGGAGGAGUUGUGGAUGCUGGAGAGAAAAGUCCUAAGAAGCACCCGUCCAGCCCAGAAAACUAGGCCUGAGAACAAAAUGGCAAUGCCAAACAAGGAUAUCUCUGAAGAAAAAUCAUCCCAUGGAGAUAAAGUGGCAAACCUUGGGAGGAGUGAUAAUUGGGAUUCUAAUCCAGGAGAAUCUGCCUGCUUAAAUGAUGGCAAGUUGGAGACAAAACCAAAAAGCAAGAUGCAUUUGAGGGAUGUGACAGUCAUUCACAAGAAAAUUUCAGCUGGACAGAGAGGCCAAAAACGCAAGAAAAUUGUUGAGAAAUUUCAAUCUAAAGUCAGUUCUUAUAGAAAAAGGAGAUAUCCUUCAGGAGAAAAAACCCAUAAAUGUGAUUCACCUAGAAAGCUCUUCAAACAGAAUUCUUACCUAAGUAGACAUAAGGAGAUUUAUUCAGGAGAAAAGCCUUGUAAAUGCAUUGAAUGUGGGAGAAGCUUCAACAGCAAUACACACCUGGAAAACCAUCAGAGGACUCAUUCAGGGGAGAAGCCAUAUAAAUGUUGUGAAUGUGGAAAAGCCUUCAGUUAUGCUUCAUCCCUUACGAAACAUCAUAGAAUUCAUACAGGAGAGAAGCCCUAUAUAUGUAAAGAAUGUGGGAAAGCUUUCAGUGAGAGCUCAAACCUUAUUCAACAUAGGAAAAUUCAUACUGGAGAAAAACUCUAUAAGUGUAAUGAAUGUGGGAAAGCCUUCAACAAGAAUUCGUCCCUUACUCAGCAUCUCAGAAUUCAUACAGGAGAGAAGCCCUACAAAUGUAAGGAAUGUGGGAAAGCCUUCAGCGAGUACUCAAACCUGAUUCAACAUCAGAAAAUUCAUACGGGAGAAAAGCUUCAUAAAUGUAGUGAUUGUGGAAAAGCCUUCAACAAGAAUUCAGCCCUUACUCAACAUCUAAGAAUUCAUACAGGAGAGAAACCCUACAAAUGUAAGGAAUGUGGGAAAGCCUUCAGUGAAAACUCAUCCCUUACUCAACAUCUGAGAAUUCAUACUGGUGAAAAACCUUAUGAAUGUAAGGAGUGUGGGAAAGCCUUCAACCGGAGCUCAUCUCUUAAUAAACAUCAAAAAAACCAUUCUGGAAAGAAGCCCUAUAAAUGUAAAGAAUGUGGGAAAGCUUUUGGCCAGAGUACCCAUCUUGCUCGACAUCAGAGAACCCAUACUGGAGAAAAACCUUACGAAUGUGAAAAAUGUGGGAAAGCCUUCAGUCAGGGUACACAUCUCACUAAACAUCAGUUCAUUCAUACUGGAGAGAAACCUUACGAAUGCAAUGAAUGUGGAAAAGCCUUCAGUGAGAACUCAUACCUUAUUAAACACCAGAAAAUUCAUGUGGAAUAUAAACCCUACGACCGCUUGGAAGGCGAGGAGAGCCGUGGGAACUUAGGGGAAGGGGGCGGAGCCUCUUGGACCUUUCAUAAUUGGGGGACCGCGUGCCCAGGUGGCCUUCUGGGAAUCGUAGUUGUGCGGACUCGCCUGCGCAGGCCGAGCCUGAGGAUGCGCGCGCAGCCCCGCCCCCACUCCUCACUGGCCUUGCGCUCUUGGAGCCGGCUGGCUGUUCAGGUGUGUCAUGACUCCGGACUGGCAGCAGGACAGAGAUGUUUCUUGGGGACAACUUUUUGUCCACUGGUACAUUCAAGAGUCUCAGCAAUUUCUCCAGGAACUUGGAAUAAGACUGCGGCCAGAAUUAAUGGAUGCUUUUUGCUGACUCCUAAACAUCUUUCCCCACAGCGAUGCUUAGUAGAGUGUACAGGUACUCAGCCUGAGUCCGAAGGGGAUGGACCCCCUGGUGGGGAGAAGGCUUUGAAAAACAGAGUAAAAGACACUGAUGGAGAGAUGCUGUCCUCAGGGGAAGUGAUGGCUAUGGCUGUCCCGAAGCCCCGACUCCUUCCUCUGGACAAACAAGACAGUGUCCUGAGACUGGAUGUCCCUGUGAAGCAAGAAACCAUGCUGGGUGAUGAGCCCUUAGACCCUGAAGCUUCUCGUCAGAAUUUCAGGCAGUUUCAGUACACGGAAGUGGCUGGGCCCCGCAAGGCCCUGAGCCAACUCCGAGAACUCUGCCUGCAGUGGCUGAGGCCGGAGAUUCAUACAAAACAGCAGAUCCUGGAACUCUUGGUGCUGGAGCAAUUCCUGACCAUCCUGCCCCGGGAGAUCCGGGCUUGGGUGAAGUCACAGCAUCCAGACAACAGUGAGGAGGUAGUGACCCUCGUGGAGAACUUGACUCAGGUGCUUGAGCUAGGAGCUCGGCCUUUUCGAGGCUCAGGCCUUUCCCACCAAGGGACCACAGAAGAUGAAGAAAAGCCCCAUGUUCUCUUGCUCACUGGUUCCCAGGACGAAUGGAGACAGAUGAUUUCUGCUCAGGCAGACACGUACGAGGACACAAAACAAGAAGAAUGUUGGAAGCUCGUGUCGUUGGGAGUCUCAGUUCCCAAACCCGAUCUUAUCCCUGAGUUGGAUGGAGGGAAAGAAGCACGGAUCCUGACUGCACAGGGAUGUGAAGAGCCCCUGGGCCCAAGGGACACCUGUUCAGCCUGGGAGACUAGAACAGAGUUCAAGGAGCCAGCUGCUCUGGAAGAUAUUUCUGAAGCAAUAACACUCUCAGGUUCAGUAACAAAAAGGCCCAGAAGGAAUACUGCCCCAGUUUCCACAUUAAGAGAAGUGGGUGAAAAUGAAGACAAGUUAGGGAGACAGAAGAUAAGCCCUGCUCGAGUGAGUCCCAGGAGGGCUUUGUUCCCAAGGAGUUUCAGGAAAAUGACAUUUUCCCCCAAGAUCACCUGUGGGGAGAGCGGCCAUGAACUGGAUGGAACCUGGAGAGCCUUCGGUCCAGACUCAAAACUCGACCCCCAUCAGAGGGGAGAGAAACCCCGCACACUUGGUGUAUGUGGGAAAAUCUUCAGGCAAUUUUCAGACCCAAUCAAGUGUAAGAGAAUUCGUGUAGGUCAGAAAGCUUAUAAGUGUAAGGAAUGUGGGAAAACCUUCAGUGACUGCUCGACCUGUAUCCGCCAUCAGAGGAUCCACACCGGAGAGAAGCCCUACAAAUGUAAGGACUGUGGGGAAGCCUUUACUCGAAGCACCUCCCUUAUUGAACACCAGAGGACUCACACUGGAGAAAAACCCUAUGACUGUAAUGAAUGUGAGAAAGCUUUCACCCGUCGCUCAUCCCUUAUUAAACACCAGAGAGUUCACACUGGGGAGAAACCCUAUGAAUGUAGUGCAUGUGGGAAGGCUUUCAGUCACGGCUCGGCCCUCAUCAUCCAUCAGAGGAUACACACUGGAGAAAAGCCCUAUAAGUGUAACCAGUGUGUCAAAGCCUUCAGCAACAGCUCAGCUCUCAUCCGGCACCAGCAGCAUCACAAUGUAUAGCAGAUGUCCAGAGGGACAGGCACAUUGCUGCUGCCUGCAAGGACCCAUGGAGGGCAGGCCCACAACGGUCCUCUCCUCCGGCAGAACGGGAGCAGGAGGCCUCUUUGCUGCUGAUCUUUCGUCCCUGUCCUCUCGUCAGAUCUCCCCAGCUCCUGUGUUCUUGUGACCUACCUGCCCUCCAGAUCACCCACUUUGGGAAUUAGUUAUCCCCUGGCCUAAGUUCCUUUCUGGGGCUUAUGUUUAUAGACGCCCUCCUCCUGAUAUUUGUGGUCAUUGUGCUCAUGGAGGAGUCUCUUUACUCAGUUAUCAAGAAUAACCCCAAAUCUCUUUGAAUCUCCUGAGUUGCUGCUGCCUCCCAUCUUAUUUCUUUUAUUCUAAACUUAGUCACUUAUUCCAUGUGUCCAGCGUCUCAAGCUCGGCCACUUGUCUCCCCAUCGUCUCCUUUGGCCAUUACACCCAUUGCCAUGAACUCAUUAAGGGGUUCAGACGGCACACAUCAUGCCAACCUCUCUCCUAACAUCCAGUCUUGUGUUUCUAGCUGUCUCCUAUACAACUCCACAUGAACGACCCACCAAAGCCUCAAAAAGAUAUUUCUAAAACCCAAAGUGCCCCCCAACCCCUUUCAGAGUUCUCUUUCUGUUUAUAAUUCCAUGGUCCCGCCAGCCUCACAGCUUUGAAAUCUCAAUGUCUACACUGCGUAGUGGAGAAAGUGCUGGAUUUGGAAUCCAGAAGGCCUGACUUCACAUCCUGCCUCUAAUUCUUACUAGCUAUGUGAUGGUGGACAAGUCAGCUAUAAAAGUUGAAAACCAUCCUGAAGAAUGAGUCUCACAGGCAUGAUAAGAUAGUUAGGAUCAUGGGUUAAAAGCUGGAAGUAACCUCAGAGACCUUGUAGGCCAAGGAUUCUUAACCAGGGGCCGUGAUUUGUUUUUAAUAUUUGGUAAGUGUUUCAGUAUAAUUGGUUUCCUUUACAAUCGUAUACAUUUUAUUCAUUUUAAAACCUUAUUCUGAGGAGAGGCCCAUAGGCUUCAUCUAAUUGCAAAAGGGAUCUAGGACCCUCAGAAGGCUGCAAGCCCAGUCUGGUCCAACCUUCAUAAUUAAAGCUGAAGCUGCAGGCCCAGGGUAGUGGAGGCACACAGUGGACAAGCUGAGCUGCUGUGUGCAGGCUGGCUAUUGUGGCUCUUCCUACAGAUCCUCCAAGUGGGAGGAACAGGCCACAGCUGCACAUGCUGUGGACUCCAGGAAGGGGGCUUACCCCUUCUUUGAGAUCUUCCUUCCCCAUUUUAACUAAACAAAGCAAAGAAAAAUGCUUUUCUUUGUUCUUCACUUUCUUAUCCAUUUUGGCUUCUUCAGCUGCAUUCACAGCCCUGAUACUCCUCUCCCAAGCUCUUCCACACUUUGGUAUUUAUAAUCAUUGGAUCUUUGAUUGAAAACUGGAGGGGACCUUAGAGGUCUCCUCAGCCAACCCCUUCAUUUGACAGAUGGGGAAACAGGUCCAGAGAUGGGAAGUCACUUACCUAGAGCCACAAAGAAAGUAACAAGCAUUCAUCCCUGAGUCCCUUUGAUUCCAAAGCCAGUGUGCUUCCCAGGGGAUGGUGAUGCCACUUCUGUCCACUGUCCAUUCAUUUUUCAGUGCCAAGAUGGGUGGUAAGCUUCCUGGGCAUCCACUUCCAUCUCUUUAGACAAAUCCCCUUUUUCUUCCUCAGAACUAUUUCUGUUUGUUUCUUCAAAAUUUCAUUCUUGAGAGCUUCCCGUUCCUUCUGGGCAAACUGGUGUUGAACUUGAGUCCAUGGGAUCCUGCCCAUUCUUUCCCUGAGCAGCCUUUUGGACGUGCUCUCCCCAGACCUGGGAUGAAUGGCAACCUCCCUGCCCUUCCUCCCACCCUGCCCCUUGUUGGUGAGGAUCACAUCCAGAAUACAAUUUCCCCUUAUUGCUCCUCCGCCUUUUGAAGGAGGAAACUGUCAAACCUCCAACGAAUGUCUGCUUUGGACUCACACAGAGAGACGUCCAGGGAACUUAAGUUGACUGUCCCUGCUGGAGCAUGCCUCUGGGUUUUGCUUCUGUCCAGGGGCUCUCUGGUUAGCCUUUUUCUGCUUCCGACAGCCUUCACACAGAUGAGGUCCACCUUCCUUCCCCACACCCCAGGGUUUCUGGAUUACCUCCUUCCUAUGUGGAGACUUUCUCUAACAAAAUGAUUUUUUUUUAUUAAGGUAUGGGUCUUCUUCCACGGAGUCUAGGGAUGCAAUGUCACAUGUGACUUCUUGCUAGGAUCUGUGCUUCGUCUUACUCAUUAGCAGUAGUUUGCCUGUGCACAUGUCCACACGUCCAAGACCUGGGGUUUUGUCACUUGCUCCUUUCUGGGAUUUUUGUCUGAUGGACUUCCUUCUUGGUAUCUGCCAAUACUGUUCCUUCCGGCUGAGUAAGUGCGCAGAGUUGGUUUUCCCAUGUCACUUUCCUUUUCAGUAUUAACGCCAUUGUGAGUGGUGGAUUUGCAAGACUUCAGGCAAACACAUUCUUGCCUUUACCUUUUUUAUUUUUUUAUCCUGAAGUUAAUGGACACUAAAAAAUAAGAACAUUUCCAGAUACAAAGUAAAACAGAAAAGGGAUUAUGUGUAAAGCCAUGAAUCUGUUCCAUGUAGUUUGUUUUUUUAAAGGGAAAUAAUAAAUUCAGCCCAUUCCUUUC